CUUGAAGGAACCGUCCUCUUUGUUCCGGGCCUCAGUGGAGCAAACAUGGCGGCAGAGGGAGACGUCGAUUUGGACCUGGAAGCCGAGGAAAACUGCACCGGGAAACCGGCGGAAAAGCCUCGGAAACAUGACAGCGGGGCGGCGGACCUGGAGAGAGUCACGGACUACGCGGAGGAGAAGGAAAUCUCCAGCUCCGACUUAGAAACGGCCAUGUCAGUGAUUGGAGACAGAAGGUCACGGGAACAGAAAGCCAAACAAGAGAGAGAAAAGGAGUUGGCCAAAGUCACCAUCAAGAAAGAGGACGUUGAACUAGUUAUGUCAGAGAUGGAGAUUUCGAGGGCCGUGGCAGAACGUAGUCUGAGGGAACACAUGGGGAACGUGGUGGAGGCUCUGGUGGCUCUGACCAACUGAACAAACAUUGACACACUGGACUGCUUCACAUUUUUUUUGGUUUGAACUGAACUCGGCAUCGGUAUUGAUACUCUACAUCCUUUUUUUUUUCCUUUUUUAAAAAUAAAAGUUGGACCGCC